AGUUAAAUUUUGAAAUGUAGGCAACUUCUUUUCAUAUAAGUGUAUCAUUGGUUGCAAAACUUAUCUUGAGAUAGGUAUGCGUGCAUUGCCUUGUAAACAAGCGUCGUUUCAAACAUGUCAAUAAACUGUGACAUUUGUCUAAUAAACUUCGACAAAAACAAUGACAACGAAACAGAUUUAUUGACAAUUUUAACAAAACUAAAAAACUGUGUGCCUGAAGUAGACUGGAACGUGACAGUAACGUUGUGUGAUUGUUGUUUAGAUGACCUGAACAAAACUUACGCAUUUAGGGAACUGUGUAUACAGAGCUUUCUGAACAAAAAGCAUGUCAAAGCUGAGGUUGAACUGCCAACAAAACAAGAACAAGAGGAGGAGGUGGAGGAGGAACCUAGUACUGAGUUCAAUGAUGAGCCCGACAGACAGUCUGAGUGUUCAGAUGAUUGGCAACCCGAAAAUACUAAAGGACCGUCAAAGAAAAAGCGUGACAAAGACAAAACAUGCGAACAUUGCGGAAAACAGUUCGUAUUACUCAAAAAACACUAUGCCAAGUGCAAAAAGCUGGAUCUAAAACAAGAGCCUCCUAAGCAGGAGGACGACACCAAACCACCUAAAUGCCUGAUAUGCAACAACGUAUUUAAAAACAGGAACACCUUAAAAAAUCACGUGCGAAACGUGCACGCCAAGGAGAAGAACUUCAAGUGUGAACUGUGCGAACGCACGUUUGCAAUGCUGGGCAACCUGAACGUGCACAAAAAGUCGCACAGCCGCGUCAAGACGCACAUCUGUUCUUUCUGCGGUAAGGGUUUCUUCUCCGCCAACUCGCUGUCGCUGCACGAGAAGAUCCACGCCAACAAGCGGGCGUACAAGUGUGCACUCUGCUCCAAGGCGUUCAACACAUUUUCGGACCUGUACAAGCACAAGUUGUGCGUGCACAGUGAUCCCAGCAAGUGGAAGAACGUGUGUCCGUUUUGCAGCAAGCGUUUUGCCCUCAAAGUCAACCUAGAUACGCACAUAAUGUCGCACACCGGCGAGAAGAAUUUUGCCUGCGAGAUGUGCGAGAAGCGGUUCAUAAGCAAAACGAAGCUGAUGAAACAUAUGAGGACACACACGGGCGAAAGACCGUUCCAAUGUCCGAACUGUGAUAAAACGUUCAUCGACAAGAGUUACAUCAAGCAGCAUCUGAAGACUUCCAAUUGUAUAGUGCCGCAAAUUGUUUAAUACGGUACCCAAACUGUGGCGCCGGACGGCCUGGAGUUUUUAUUCGAAAAUGCAGGAUUUUGGACUCGUUCCGAUGAUAUUAACUGGUUCAUGCCUGUUGUACGUUUUGUACCUUUGAUUCGAAAUAAAGGAAAGGGGUUAAAUCGA